AUGGAAGCUGGCCGAUGUUUUUGGUCGGAGGUGAUGACAAUAUCAAGGCUGAAGGGUGGAAGGGAGGGAUUGGUUUUUGUAGUGCCGUCUGGUCCGGGGAUGACGACGAUGAUGGGAUUUUGUUGUUUCCUGGGUUUGGUUAUGUUGGGGGUUUUGGGGAAGUGGACAGAUAAUCAAUCAACAAAAUCGUUGGCCGGAUUGAUUAGAGUCAAGUUUGGUGCGUACGUUGUGUUUGUGCCUGGUACGGGCAGGGCUGGAGUGGUUUUUAGUGAGUGCGUCACUGAGGCUAGGCGCUGGUGCCAAGGCGAGGUGCUGAGAGGGCGGAGCGGAUAG